AGUAGAAGCCACGCCCCUCAAAUACCCGAUAGCCAGUGAGUUCUUAGACUAGUACGGCCGUCUGUUGGAGCACAGCCAAAGAUAUACUCUAUGCCAUACAGUUUUACCCACUGACACCCAUCUGACAGAGCAUUUAAUGAACGAACGAAUAUAGAAGUGCCCAAUAAAUGUAAGAAGUUCAGAUCACCAUAAAGAAUCAGAAAACACCAUGACCAAGUCAAUAGUUAUUGAGUUUGACAACCCGUCUGCUGUUUUCUUCUCUGGACAGACUGUAACAGGUCGCAUAAUUGUAUCCCUGAGCAACCCAACAUCCUGUAGGGGCAUUGAAGUGAAUUUCAAAGGAUCUGGAAAAGUUCGUUGGAGUGAGGAAAGAAGUGUUCAGAGAGAUGGCCAGAGCCAGACAGAAACGGUGACUUAUAGUAGUGAGGAGAAGUAUUACUCCAUGGAAUAUCGUGUAUGGGGAAAUGGUGAGAAAAAUGAACUCCCACCAGGAACCCACCAGUUCAAUUUUGCCUUCCUUCUCCCAAAUGGAAUUCCAUCUUCAUUUGAGUCAAGAAUCGGCCAAGUGCGACAUCGCUGCGAAGCCAAAAUGGACAUUCCCUGGGGCAUAGACAAGAAAGCUAAGAGGCCAUACUCAGUGAACACUCUCUUGGAUUUAAACAUAAAUCCCCAGGCUCAAAUGCCGAUUGAGUAUAAUGAGCACAAGUACCUCUGCUGUUUCUGGUGUAGGAGUGGCCCUCUGUCCAUGGUUGUCCGCAUCCCCCGCUCAGGCUAUGUGCCUGGCCAGAAGAUCUUGCUCAAUGCAGAGUGUUCCAACAUGACCAGGAACAAAGUCUCCUACAGCAAGGCUACACUUAAACAGACAUUGAAAUUUUAUGCAGAGGGCCACACAAAGACUGACAGCCGUGUAGUUGCUGAGCUUAAGAGGGGUGAAAUAGCAGCAGGAGAAGAUGACAUUUGGUCGGGAGUGGAGAUGCUUGUCCCGCCUUUGCCACCCUCGAAUUUGGAGUUCUGUAGAAUAAUUGACAUUGAUUAUACACUAGAGUUCUAUUUGUCUCCAAGUGGCUGCCAUGGAAACCUUUCCCACACAGCUCCCAUAAUCAUUGGAUCAAUUCCUCUUCAAGAGAAUUUUGGUAUAUUUGCUCCAGCUGCUGGCUACUGGAACCAGCCUACAGCACCUGGAUUUGCUCCACCAGGGAUGCCACCUCAACCCUCAGCACCAGGGUUUGGGGUUCCAGGGAUGCCACCUCAACCCUCAGCACCAGGGUUUGGGGUUCCAGGGAUGCCACCUCAACCCUCAGCACCAGGGUUUGUGGAUCCAGGGAUGCCAGUUCAGCCUUCUGCACCUGGCUUUGUGGCCCCACCAGGAAUGCCAGGUCAACCUAUGGCUGGUUUUGUGCCUCCACCAGGUCAGAUGCCUUCACCAGCCUACCCAGGAGUGCCGCCAACAGCACCUCAAAUGAACUAUAUGUUCCCAGGGAUCCAGCAGUAUCCCAACUUGCCUCCACCUGCAUACAAUCAGUGCAUGUUUGGUCACAGUAAAUUCCAUGGUGAUAGCAGUGACGAGGAUGGAGAUUUUGCACCUUCUUACAUUUCAUACAACCUUGGUGGCUCCAGUAGUGCAGCUGGUUUGGUCUCAGGGGCCUUGGUUGGAAGCGCCAUGACGAAAAGAGGAAGCCGAAGCAGUAGCUCGAGCAGGUCUCAUUCUAGCCAUGGAGAAGCAGCUCCUCUUGUUUAUCAUGAUUCAGGAACAGACCAUGAAGUACAUGUGCAUGAAAAUGUGGAAGUGCAUGAACAUCAACAUAUUCAUGUACAUGUUAAUAAGGAUGAUGGAUCUGACCAUGAAUCACACAAGAGCAGCAGUAGCAGCAGUAGCAGCAGUGAUGAGGAGGAAGAACGUGAAGAAGAACAAGCAGAAGAGGAGCAGCAAGAAGAACCAGAAGAGGAACCAGAAGAGGAACCCGAAGAGGAACCCGAAGAGGAACCCGAAGAAGAACCCGAAGAAGAACCAGAGGAAGAGGAGGAAGAAUAAUGUGUAAAGGAUUUCUUGAGGCAAUGGUUAAAAAGUAGAUCAUUCACUUCUAUUUGUUGGAUUUGCUUUAUGUUAUUGAACCUUAAGGAGGGUAUAUAUUAUACCCUGUUAAUAUUAGUAAGCAGUCAUGUGCUCUGUUAUUAUGGGCUGCAUCAGUUAUGGAUAUGUGUGUGCAUGCAUGUAAACAAUACAUAAUGCUCAUGUAUUAUUUUUCAUAUUUUUCUUAUUGUAUGACAUACUCAAUAUAAUGCAGGUUUAAUAAUGAAAUAAGUAUUCGUGGUAUAAUAAAAAAAAAAUGAUGGAUUAGGUUUUAAUAUAAAACUCUUACACAUAUUAUAAUGUUGUAAGACCCUGAUUUUGGAUCUUUUAAUUUGUUUAAAUUCUAUCCUCUCAGGUUAAUAAUUGUCUGUGGAUUGUUAAAUAAGCUUUUAAAGGAGUUUGUACAUCCAUGAAAUAAUUUAACUAAAUAAUAUUGCCAUAACUUUUCAGCAUGAGCUAGCAGAAAAAAUGUGGUGAUUACAAGACACAAAUUCAUACCCUGGGUUUCCUGGAUAUGUGUAAUGUAGGAUGUGAUGAAUUUCAGCAGUGCAUUGUGAUGAGUAACUAUAGGAUUUUUUUUUACUCACGCCAGACUUUGAAGAAGGAACCAGAUACAGCCCAAGUUAUCUCAAAGUAUUCCAUAGUUGGGGGCUGCAUAAGAGAAACAGAGGCAUAGUAUACACACUAGCAGGCAUAUGGUGAAGGACAUACUUAGUUUUUUGCAGUGUGGAGGUAGAGGGAAGGGAUUUUAUGAAAAUUAAUGAAUAGGUAGUAGGGUUUUGUUUGCAAACACUAGACAGAGGUUCUUGAUAGAUAAUGUAAAUUCAAACUCAUCUCCUCUAAUAAAUGCAUUUUCCUCUGUUACAGAAUCUGAAAUCAACUAUACUCUCUUGUAAUGUCUAUCAUGACUUAGGCAAAGUUUAUAACACACUGUUCUGCUCCAGAUUAUGCAUAUCAAUCAGGAGUUCUAAUAAACAAUUGUUGUCUUGAUUCAUUCAGGUGCUGUGGCCCAGUUACUUCCAUAUAUUCACUCUUCAAAAUGCUGUAAUUCUACAGGUCUCAUUAUUUAUUUUUUUUUAUAUAAAAUCCUUAACCCACUGGUGACGGGUGAAGAAAACCUCUACGCUCUGGCGAUCAAUGGCAGUGCGCUGACUUUGUGCGCAGGAGUUCGGUACAUUAGGCCGAAUCACUGGCUCGCUUUGGCGCACCACUGUGGCGUACAGUCGUGGUUUGUUUUCACUCCUGUAGGCAUCACCCGUUGUGAAGGGGAUAAAAUAUUUUGUUGUUACCUUCAUGUGUGUCACAUGUUAUUUAGUUUUUAGUUCAUCUGGAGCUGUUAAGAUGAGAUAUUUUAUCCCUGACUGAUUAGUUAAAUAAAAAAAUAAAUGCUAAUUUCUUCCAUGGACCAUAUACUAUACAUUUUUAUAUAUGAUAGAACAAUGAAAAUGAUGGUAAUUAUUUCUUAAAAUAUUAUCAUAAUUAACUUUUGUGAUAAUACAUGAAAUCAGGAAUACAUUUUUGUAUUAAGCUUUUUUUGAUCUUCUGGCAAAGUAGGGAUUAUUUUUGUCUUUAGAGAAAGUAAAUAGAUUUGCUUAAAUGCUUCUGUGGAUUGAAAAAUGCAUUCAGGUUGUUUGUACAGUAUGCAGCAGGUUCAAAGAAUACAUGCUUCAAAAUUUAUAAUUUCUUGUAUUCCUUAACCCAUUGUGCUUUUUUGCAAUAGACCAUGAUUUUUGUCCAAAAAUGUGCUGUAAGUACAGACUUUAUGUUAGUCUGAUAUUAUCUUUCGGCUCUUAUAUUAUUUUAUACCUAAAUGCAUUUUAUACUUCAAUAUAUUAGAAUCAAAGUUUUAGAGAACUCAAGGAAAUGAGUUCAGCCAUUGUCCAACUUACCUUUGCUGACUUUGAAAAAAAAAUCCUUCAUGAAUCACAGAAUUAUGCUAAAAGUGAUGAAUAGGAUCCUAUAUUGUAGAUUACACUUUUUACUAGGUUGUAGAAUAAAACUUUAACAGGUGAAUUAAAUGCAUUGCAGAAAUAAGUAGAAAAGGACACUGUUUGUUCCUUUUUUAUUUAAAGGAGACUGAUUUUUUAUGCACAAUUUGCCUUAUUUUUACAGUAUUAGUACUUCUGAUAAACUUAAAAUUACUAUGCAUUUACUGUUAUUGUUGAUAUACUCAUGCAUGAUAAUUUCACUGCUGUGUGUGGCUUUAGUAGACUAAUGAUUAGUAAACUGAUGAAAAGAGAUACUAAUUUGAUUGAAGAUUCUUCUGUAAUAUGCACAAGUUAACCCAAUGUCAGCAGGUUUAUUUAUGGUCCACUUUAGAUUUUAGUGAGUUUUGUUUCACACAGAUGCCUCAAAUGUCCUUAGCAGCAAGGAGUCUUAUCAGUUGGCCCUGGUGACAGAUCCUGAUUUCCCCAUUCCUUGAAUUGGUGGGAAAAUGUUUUUUUUUUUCUUUCUUUCCAAUACUAUUGAUACCCAAUAUUGACAUUGUUGUCAGUCUUAUUGAUAUUAUGAUUAUUGAAUUGUUAUUAGGAUGUUAAUAACAUCAAAUAAAAUGAUAGGAGUGAAGCUUUCAAAUGAUGAAGGAAAACGGUAAACAGAUGACUAGUAGACUAAUAGCUGACUCCUUGGUGACUUAGCACCUGUAGAGCCAUCUGUGUGUAAAGACAAUAUACAAAACUUUUAUUACAGUGGGCAUGACGUUUUUGUCUUGCCACCUGCAAUCAAUGGCUUAAGAGAUUCCAAAAGAUGCUAAAAUUUACACUUAGCCUACUGAAUAAAAUGGGUUAACAUAACCUGA